AGGAGAAAAAAAAAACGUAGCUCAUGACACCGAAAGGAGCGACCAACCAGGCGUACAGCUAAUAAAAUCAUCCGAGGCAACGAUCCGAUCCUAAAUUGGCCUCAACUGGGGAACCGCACACCUUUUACUCGCAGGUUUUUCUUAUCCCGCUCAUGCACACAGAUCCAUCCCACGGCUAAUGUUUUUACUGCUCUGUCGUGACCGGAUCGAUGCAAAUGUCACACGAUUCACUGGCUACCGCCAGACUUUGGCACGAAAACGUCAAUGUUUUGGCCGCCUUCGCGUGAAAAUUCGCGGUGUUCCGUCCUCCCGCCUCUCCGGAGGCGCUUCUCUGACAGAGCCGAGGCUCCGUCGGGCUGUUUUCAGCACCUGGACAGCUCCCCUCUCGCAGGGUUCCCCGCUGCGCACGUCGGGGAAGCCCUCGGCUGGGGAGCGCAACCCGGACCCCCAACUCAACUCGUCUAAUCAAGGGAGAUAAAGAAAAAAAGAAAAGAGGGUGGGCAAUUGACUCAGUCCUUGUGACUGCACUUAAAGCUAACAUGGCUUUUGAGUGACGAUGCUUCAUGCAUUCGAGCUGCAGCCUCUGGUUUUGCACCGAAAUCCGCACAGCGCAAGGGAGCAGCGAAAGCAGCGGUGGUGCUCGUCCAAUGCAAAAGUGCAGAGGAUUGCUGCAGCCUACACACACUGCGAGCCUGCCGCCGCUGCUUCACUCACUGAGCGCCACCAAGGGAGACAUUACUUUCUGCAGGGGAGCAACGGGAGGCACAAUUACGUAUCAACAAUAUAAAUCAAUCACAGGCACCCCUGAAUGGCUGCCACAGGAGAUUCAAGAAUUUCUGAAACAUGCAUGAAAGAAUCAAAGCAACACUCCAGAGACGAUCUGAGCUUCAGCCUAUCUGAGCUGCCUCUCGUCUCCUCUGGUUCUUCAACUCCUUAUUCAACUGUUUGAGCUCCUCUGAUUUCUCCUCAUUCAUCUUUGUUUAACAUGAAAGCGGGACCUCUCAGGUGAAAAGGUGAACUGCAGCUCGAAAACAAAAGUAAGGGGAAUUGUGUGGAGAGACUUGACCACCUCAUCACUUCCCAUCUCCACCAUCCGUCAUCAUGGCUAAUGCUGAAGAAGUGGAUCAGGAAGGUCUGUCAGACUUGGAGAUCAUCUCCCAGCCGGUGGAGGAUGAGAACCGGCUCCUGGCUCCUCCGGUCCAGCUGGUGAGCUUUGGCUACAGAGAUCUGCCCCUCACAGCUCUGGACCUCUCACUGGCCGGCUCACAGCUGCUCUCCAAUGCAGACGAAGAUGAAAACAGGGAAGGGUCCAACUGGCUGAAGCCUUGCUGUGGGCGUCGAGUGGCUCUGUGGCAGGUCUGCCUCUUCAGUGCUGGCUUCAACUGUGUGCUGGUGGCCUGUGUUAUUCUGGUGGUGCUUUUUCUGUCUUUGGAGUUGCUCAUAGACACCAAACUCUUACAAUUUUCCAAUGCGUUUCAAUUCGCCACCAUUAUCCACUGGAUCAGCCUUAUCAUCCUGUCGCUUUUCUUUUCAGAGACUGUCUUCAGAAUUGUAGUGCUUGGGAUCUGGGAUUACAUCGAAAACAAAGUGGAGGUGUUUGAUGGUGCUGUCAUUGUGCUUUCUCUGGCCCCAAUGGUGGCCUCCACAGUGGCCAAUGGGCCCAGCAGCCCCUGGGACGCCAUCAGCCUCAUCAUCACCCUGCGCAUUUGGAGGGUCAAGAGGAUCAUUGACGCUUAUGUCCUGCAAGUCAAAGUUGAGAUGGAACUGGAGAUCCAGCAGUGUGAGAAGACGAAGGCUGUGAGGGAAGAGCAGCUGGAGCGUCUCACUCAGAUCUGUCAGGAGCAGGCUUUUGAAAUCCGGCAGCUGCGGGCACAUCUGGCUCAGCAGGACCUGGACCUCACUGCAGAGCGUGAAGCAGCUAUGCAGAUCCACCACGCGUGGGGCAAGCAGGGCAGGAGCUUCCAGGUCGUGGAAGGUUUGACGCCUGGGGAGUCCGAUGAUGAGGGCGGGCAGAGAAACCCCCGGGAGCCACAUGCUAAUACAGAUGUAGUGGUGCGCGAUGACAUGAACAACUACAUUAGCCAAUACUACAGUGAGCCCAGCAGCGAUCCUGGAGCAUCUGGCAUAGGGGCCCGGGUCAUCACCACGGCAGCCAUUGACGUCCACCUUCCUAACAGCACCAACUCCGUCCAGUCCAAUCCAAAGCUUGCCAUGCAGCGGGUCGGCAGCGCUGUGAGCAACGCUUCCACCAGCAUAUCACAGUCCAGCGGCAGCCUGACUGUCCAGCCUCCCAGCCUGAGCAGCCACACCCCGGGUUCAUCGUUGACAGACUGCAGCAGCAGCGCAGCACACGACGCCAGCCUGACCUCGCAUCGAUGCUGCCCCGCUUCCUUCUCAGGCCAGGACCCCUGCAGGGACUCCAGUGCUGUGGUGCAGGAGCUGCUCUCCUCCCUCUCAGAAGACUCUUGCCUCGCUCAGAAGGGCCUGGCGGUGGACCCCAUCAACCUUAAGCUUCCCAGCCCCACCGGCUCGGAAAACGGCAGCCCCGAGCUGGACAAGAGAAUAAACCUGUUCAAUUGCAGGAACCAGGAGGAGAGGCGAGGCCGGGGCAGAGGGUGUGUCCUGCUGCAGACCAAGCCACUGAUCCACCUGCAGGGCAGCACCACUGAGCCGUCUCUGGAGGAGAAGUACAGACUUCUGGGCGCAGCCGACUCACCUCUGGGGCACAUGCCUGACACUUAAGCUACAUUUACACAGAAACUGAAGCUUUUCAUUUACUUUUUACUGCCAUCCUGUUUGGCACACGUCUAACCUUUUCUGAUAGGUCAAUCCUCUUGAGAGGAGCCACAUUAGAGUCAAAAAAUGGGCUUUAUCUUUUGCUUGUUAAAGCCAAGCCUAUUCAAACUUAGCUUGAGUUGCAGCUUCCAGCUAACUCUGAUGUUGUUUCGAAAUAAAAAAAAACAAAAUGAAAGUUUUUCGUCAAGGCCCUUUGUAAGUCUACUCAGUCUCAUCAGUUUUCUUUUAAUGGUUUUUUGAAUUUAAAAAAAGUACCCAGGAAUAGCACAACAGAGCCUAAAAUACCAUGGUCACAGGGAAUCUAAUGUGUCCUUGGACACAUUCAUUAUCAGGAAUUCUCACUUUGCAGUGGUCAGAAAUGCACUGAACUUCACAAGAAAUAAAACCAGCAAAGGGUCACUCAAGCCUAUACUGAACAAAAAAAAAAUGCUGAAGAAAUUUCAAGCAGUUGAACAAAUGUUUGCAAUUGCAUUUUCUUUUUUUUUUUGUUUUCUUCUGUUUGUACUAUUAAUUGUAAAUGUUGCUCAAGCUGUUCAAAUAGUUACAGGGUAUGCAAGACAGGAUGGACUUUUCAAACAGCCAAUUGUUUUUGCCUUUGACUUUUUGCUUUCCAUUUGUUUGAUUUUGGAACCCAUGGACCAGGAAUGAAAGCUGUCUCAUUGGCUUUUUGUCUUUGCAGAAAUCUUAGCGAGGGGAACGAAACUAAAAGUUACCUGAAUGGUCUCUUCACACGAAACUAGACCAGAGUGCUUGUAGCAUGAACCUUUAAACGAGACGUGCCAGAAAUGGUGAUCAAAUUCUUUGCACUUUAACGUUUACUGACAUUUUUGUAACCUUGAUACGAACAAAAUUGUUGCCAAUUGCAGGUGUUGUUCUUUGAAGGAAAACAGCAACAAAAUAAAAGUUCUUAUUUCCU